ACAUUCGUUCAGAUGACCACCGGUUAUUAGUAUACAUCCCCUUUCACUAGCGCAUGCGCACUGUAAAAUUCCCCAACCUGUUAAACUUCUAGAGACUACACCCGAGGUCAACCCCGCACCUCUCGUACGUGUGUAGAGCAUGCGCACUGUAAAAUUCCCCACCAUUACCACUAUCCCCCAAAAAUUCCUUAGUGCCCAUGGUAAGAAGAGACUCCUGAUUUUCCGUUUAGUCCGUGUACUAUCUUAAAUCGUUGUUCACGUAUAUUUACUCUCUCAGUCUUUAAAAUAUUUUUACAAGUGUUUAUUUUUUUUCUACGUUUUAAACAUUAUUUACACUUUGUGGUUUUAUUUCGCUAUUACUUUACGUAAAAAUGUUUCAAUGCGAACAGUGCGCAUCUACGUUUACGCGUAAGGACAAUUUGGUCGUCCACCAAAAGAAGCAUGCAGGUGUACGUUUUCCGUGCACAGCAUGCCCAUCGACAUUCUCGUACAAAAACAACCUCAACAAGCAUCUGAAGAACAUUCAUGGUAUCGUUCCGGCUCACCUCAGACCAUUGCCAGCUGCUCCGAUCAUAGAUCAGCCAGCACGACCUAGCGUCAUCCAGUUCGCGCCUCGUAUUGUUGCCCCCGGUAGCGCGGCCGAUGACACAUGCGUCAUAAUAGAAGAUGAGGAUACAGAUUCUUAUACGACUUCGGUGGGUGGCAAACGCAUUUCCAUCGCCAACACAGUGUCGGCUGUUAAGGCGAAAAAGGCUCGUAUGGAACUGGUUAGAUCCCCGGGUCUUAGAGAAAUUUCAUCGUCUGGAAAACGUAAAAUAGUGUGGUAUUUCGCAAAAAAUCUAAAUAAUGUUCGAAAUUAUUCCGAUUUUCUCCGUUCUCUCCAACCGGCUCUGACAGACAAGCUAAAAACUCACGUGCAGGAACAUCCAAUAAAAUUUAGCUUGAAGCUCGAGGCUACGUAUAACCGACCAAACGUAUCUAAUUCAUCCGAAAAUCGAGCGUUUACAACAUCAGCCAAAGAAAUAUUUAUGGGCACAAAAAUCGAAACAAUAGUUGAAGAAUCUUUUAUGAAAUUAUUAGCUGAGGAAGACACUUAUAUUUCUCGUGGUAGCGGGUUUACGUUAGAGUCCAUCGAUGAUUUACUACUAGCCGUUUAUAAGUAUACACCAAUAUCUGGUUCGUCAUAUAUACAAUUACCGAAAUCUAUUAUAGAUAAACGAGCAAUAAUAAAUCCUAAAAAUACAGACCAACAGUGUUUUAAAUGGGCUAUUUUAGCAAAAUACGUUGCAGGAGAAAACAAAUUUCGUGUCAAUGAAAAUUAUACCGAGCAUGAGGACAAAUACAUUUUUAACGGUAUUUCAUUUCCAACACCGCUAUCGGAUAUUUCCAAGUUUGAAAAAAAUAAUCAGAACGUUUCUGUAAAUGUUUACGGACUUGAAAAACGAUUACAGCCACCGAAAAAGUAUCCUUCAUAUGAGGUUUUCCCACUCAAAGUCGUAGAUGAUGAAAAACGUGAUCACUUUGACUUAUUAUUAGUGACGGAUGGUAAUAAUACACAUUAUACUUACAUCUCAAAUUUUUCAAGAUUACUCCGUUCGCAAAAAACUAGUCAUGCAGGUCAAGUUAUAUUCUGUAAACGUUGCUUUACAUCGUUCGACAGACAGAAUUUAAAGUAUAAGUUAAGCGGGCAGGCGGCGCUUGAACAUCACAGGCUAAUAUGCGGACCACAUAAACCCAUACGACUGAUAAUGCCAAAAGAGGGAGAUGUGCUACAAUUCACCGCGUGGCAAAACGCGCAGAGACAUCCCAUAGUUAUAUAUGCCGAUUUCGAGGCUCUGCUUGUAAAGACCGAAGAGGAAAAGGGUGAUAAUACAACAAUCAUACAAAAACACCGUCCUAUGAGUUACGGAUUUUUAGUUAAGGCGUCUGAAAAUGUUCCAAUAGAGUUGUUAACACAAUUUAACAUACCGAUUGGACCAGUCAUAUACCGAGGUAGUGAAAGCAGGCAAGACGUGGCAAAGCAUUUUAUAUACAAUAUCACUGACGUUGCCGAGAAAAUAGAACAAUUAUUAAAGACAAACGUAAUGAUAAAUAUGAGUGCACAUGACAAAGCGGUUCAUGAGGCGGCGACACACUGUAAUCUGUGUUGUAUAAAGUUUACACCACCUCAUGAGAUACAACAUCGAAAAACCGCCGACCACUGCCACCUUUCUGGAAAGUAUCGACAAGCUCUUUGCAAUAUGUGUAACCAGAAACUACAAACACCAGUUUUCGUCCCGUGCUUCCUACAUAAUCUUUCAAACUAUGAUGCUCAUUUCAUAGUAACAGAACUAGGUUAUAAUUCAAAAAGAAUAAAAGUAAUUCCGAACAGCUAGGAGAAAUUCGUUACUUUUAAAAAAUAUAUAAGUAACAAUUUUACUAUCAGAUUCAUCGACACAUGCAGAUUUAUGGCUUCGAAACUUUCAACACUCGCUAAAAAUUUGGUAACUCCUGACUUUUCUAAAUUCCGCGAGACGGGGAAGCAUUUUGCCACCAGUGAUAUGAACCUUGUAACCCGUAAGGGUGUACACCCUUACGAGUAUACGGACGAGUGGAGUAAGCUCGAUGAAAAUGUGUUACCGGAUAAAGCUGAAUUUUACAGUAUCCUAACCGAGUCAGCAAUUAAAGAUGAAGAGUACGAGCACGCGAUGAAAGUAUGGGAACAUUUUGGAUGUAAAACGAUUGGUGAAUAUUCAGAUUUGUAUUUAAAAAUUGAUGUAUUGCUGCUGGCCGAUAUUUUUGAAAAUUUCCGUGAUGUGUGUAUGAAGACUUACAACUUAGAUCCUGCAUACUAUUACACCGCUCCAGGGUUUUCAUUUGAUUGUAUGCUUAAAUUCACGGCAAUAAAACUAGAAUUACUGUCGGAUUAUGAAAUGCUUCUCAUGUUUGAUGACGGUAUUCGAGGUGGACUCACACAAGCCAGCAUGCGGUAUGUAAAAUCAAACAAUGAAAAAAAACCAGAUUACAACCCGGCAGAUCCAAAAUCAUAACUCCUCCAGAAGAUACUCCACCUUUUUUUUUUAUUUCACCAGAGAGGACAUUUGUAUUACGGGAUAAUAGACCGCCAUCAAGACCCGUCACCCCAAGGCCCGUUACCCCAAGGCCCAUUGCUCCGGCAUUAGAUGAUAGUAUGCAAGAUGGACAAAGACCAUGGUGGAUGCUUAAUUGGUUUAGUCCGCAAUCAAUGCCCGUUAGCCCAUCCCCGCUGCAGCGUCACCCCUUCAGAUAUUCAGAUAUGACUCAAGAUAGUGGUUUCUUUCCCGAACAACAGUCGCAGAGUACAUUAUCUCAAGUUAGACGACCUGCAACGCCUUUCUCCACCUACAACACCGGGGGUAUACGCGUUAAACCUGAUAGAAAACAUGGAAUUUUC